AUGAUUAAGAUUAGAGUGGUUGUUAAGAUUGCAAAUAAAUAUCAAACCUAAUUGUAAACGAAAAAUAAUUUUUUUUCUAAUUGUUUAGAGUGUGAAGAAGGGCUUUUAUUUUUAAUAGAUUAAUGCUACCCUUAUUGUGAUAAUACAAAUUUUCUUGAAUAACUUGAAAAUCGCGAGGAUGGAGAUUGCAAUCUUUUGAUGAUUGCAUAGAAGAUGGUAUUAUUUAUCUUCAAAGAAAAUGUAGAUUAGAAUGUGGAGAUGUAUACGAGUUUAUUAAUUAUAGACGUCAUUUUGUUUGUGUAGAUAAAUUUGUCACUAAAGAAGAAUGCGAUGACAGCAAUGCGAUUAUAUUUGAUGGCUGUUUGA